GUCUUUGAUGACCCUCCUCAUUCGACUAGGGCUCAUGUUCCCAGCGUCGUGCCUUUGUGGGCGGGUCCUCUCCUGCUGUCACUCAUUCUCUGGUCCAAUGCAAAUCUGUCUAUGUGUUUUGUCCCGCCCCCUUCCACGUCGACCUGCACUCUCGCCAUAUUUUCAAGCCCGUGAAUCCCGGUGUGUUGUGCCUCCAAGUUGACCAGAAGAAUCCUUCACACCAGGCAGCAUCAAGCGUGACCCGUUUCAAAGUCUACGUUAGCGCCUCAGCUGUGUCUCUGUUAUUUUUCUUUUCGCAGCUAUGAACAUCUUCAGGCUCACAGGAGAUCUUUCUCAUCUGGCUGCCAUCAUCAUCCUGCUACUCAAAAUAUGGAAAAGCAGGUCGUGUGCAGGCAUCUCUGGAAAGAGCCAAAUUCUCUUUGCUCUCGUGUUCACCACACGUUACUUGGAUCUAUUCACCUCUUUCAUCUCCCUGUAUAACACAUCCAUGAAGGUGAUCUACAUCGGUUGUGCAUAUGCCACCGUAUACCUAAUCUACGCGAAGUUCAGGGCCACCUACGAUGGAAACCACGACAGUUUCAGAGUGGAGUUCCUGGUGGUUCCUGUCGGGGGUCUUUCUGUUCUCAUUAACCACGACUUCUCUCCCCUGGAGAUCCUGUGGACGUUCUCCAUCUAUCUGGAGUCGGUGGCAAUUCUGCCUCAGCUCUUCAUGAUCAGCAAGACCGGGGAGGCUGAGACGAUCACCACCCACUACCUGUUCUGCCUGGGGCUGUAUCGGGCCCUUUACCUCUUCAACUGGAUCUGGCGUUUCUACUUUGAGGGCUUCUUUGACAUGAUUGCCAUAGUGGCUGGUGUGGUCCAGACUGUCCUCUACUGUGACUUCUUCUAUCUUUAUGUCACCAAAGAGCCAAAUUAUAGUGCUUUGAAAACUCACCCAUGCAUUUCCUUCGGCUUAUCUAAUUCUGGGAGCAAUUGGAGGGUGACUGGAGCAAAUCCCAGCUGGCACAAAGCAAAAGGCACGAUACAGCCCGGGCAGCUCGCCAGUCUGUCGAAGGGCUUUCAGAGCCAUUAACACCAAUUCACUGUUUAAACAGCGUUAUUAGAGAAAACUGCUGCAUCUGUGGAGACACUCAUUUGUCACUACAGAGAUCUUUGGAAACUCAAAUUUGUUUUUUGUAAGUUUGUUAGAUUUUAACUAAACUUAGUUGAUAUUUUUUAAGUUCCUUUUUUAAAUUGAUCUCAUUUUGUUGGUUGUUAGUUGUUACUUGUAGCUUGUUGAUUGCGGCAACUUGGAUUAUUUUUUAUGAUCCUCAUCUGGAACUUUCAGUUGCUCCCUUUUUUUUGACCUUUUAAGAGGUCAUCACAGCGGAUGGAUCCGCAUGUUUGAUUCAGUACAUUGGAUGCCUUUCCUGACGCAAUCGCAAUCUCAUUUAAUCAGGCUCGUCCCUUAGCUUGUGACCCUCCUGAUGCUGGGUUUGUGUCCUUUCCUAGAAAUAAACCAGGGCUCUUUGGCAUUUAAGGCAAGUGUGUUAAGCAUCCAUAUAAAAAAUGAUUAGCAAGUGGAUUGAACAUGAGAAAUAUGUGUGUUUUUCAUUCAUCAACACGUCAAAGGAACUUUUAUUCUCUGCUCGGGGAUCCAUCACAUAGUUCCUGGAACAGUUUGACUCAAAAGAGCCAGAGGGUGUUCUUAAUUGCUGUGCAAAAGCUUGAAGUCACCCAGAAAAUCUUUGGCUUUUCCUGAAAACUCACACUUGGAUUCAUCAAAUGUGACGGCUGCCCAAAACUACACAGUUGGAUGUACUUGUCCUUUUGCUCUCGCCCACUGGGGGCUCACACAUCUUUCUGUUUGCUGUUUAAAGGAUUUUUCUAAUCAUCAAUUAACCUUUUGACAUGAAAGCUUGUAUCAGGUAACAUCACUCUGUUUGAAUACAAAAGAGAGAGUUGCUGGAAACGAAAAUGAUUCCUUUUAAAAUUAAUGUUUAAUUUGUGUCAUUAGUGAUUGGCUCAUCUUUAAAAGACAGUUUUCUCAAAGACUUUGAGCCACAGAGAGGGAACACAGACUGAGGAAUGGCCCAUUUUUAAGAGAUCCUACAUGUGUAGUGUCAGUGCAUAGUGGAAUAAAGUGUGGCUGCAGGAAUAAAGAUGGCUCUCACCUGAUGACCGUCUAACUUUAUAU